AUGGCUGCGUCUGCGGGCGCCAGAUCCCCCAGAAGACGCACUCAAUCUAGGCGCUCAUCUCCCGCCGGCAAACUCUGGUCGUCGUCCUCGCCCUCGCCGUCCCAGCCAUCGCGUCCGACGUCGGAGUGUCGCCUACGCCAACCCCGCCCGACCUGCUCAGACGUCCCUGGCGCACCCUGCCGCCCCUCCCCGCCGCUUCCGUACAAUCCUCGGCAAUCGACGAUAUUAGGUCCCGCUUCUCGUCGCCACGUUUCACCCCCUAUCGCGCCCGCAUUUGCUCUGCCGGAAGCUGUCUCUACCGAAAUGAAGGACGACCACCGAUCGACGCUCCAGCUCGGCUCAUCUUUCUCACCUCCCGUCCCUUCCCCGCCCCCGCCCCCCGUCCCCGCCCCCGCCGCCCCUCGUCCCGCCCUCGGUCAUCCCACUCCGCUCACUCAGCCCUGCCCCGCUCUCCGACCAACACCGCCGCCCCGCCCACCGCGCCAGCGCCCCCAAGGUCGCGUCCUAUAA